CCAGUCCACUCCUCAAGUCAUUGAGGAUAGAAAUGCAACACUGUAUUGAUCUCAGUGAUCCUUCUUUAUCCAAGUAUCUUAAAUUUGCUGUUGCUCCAGUUCACACAGCUAGUCUUCCUUACCAGUUCUCUAUAAUUGAAGGAGGGGAGUUUCCAGCAUACCAGAGAUAUGGAUGGAUUGAACGAAGCAAGUUCUGUCAAUUAGCUAUUGUUGGGGAGGAAGAAGAGGAAAAUGGAGGAGGUAGGAAUGAGGAGAGGAAUGGAGAGGAAGAUGGAGACUCAGGAGAUGAGGGAGGGAAAGAUAAGGGACAGACAACAGGAGGAGAGGGACAAGGAGCAGGAGGACAAGAAGGAGGAGCAGGUAGAGAAGUAGCUGGAGGGAAUGAAGAAGAGAAAGAUGAUGAGAAUGAUGCAAUUGCUUUAGAGUCAUGUGAUCAACCAAACACUUUAUCAACACUUAUUGUAUCUACUCAUUCCACUGGUAUACCUGAAGCUACAGUUUAUGCUGGACAAGUGUUUUAUGAACGACCAGAUAAAAUGAGAUUUGCAGCUACAAAAGAUUUGAAUGCUUUAAUUGAGUUCAUUAAAAAAGAGUAUCGCCAACCAGAAAUGGGUCAAGCUUUUAUAUUUCAAUUUGAUCCUACUUUUGGAUGUGUUGAGCUAGUUUUUGGUCCUCAGGAUGGACCAAUAACUGGUUGGACUGUUAGUCCUGAUAUACUACCAUGUCAGAUUGAAGAAGGAGAUUUAGAUCAUUUUGGUCAUAACAGUACUACAAUUCGUUUAGUAUCAAUAUAUGCUGACAACAGUCCUGAUACUGUUCAUGUACUGAAGUAUGCCAUACCAUUAAAAGGAUUGCGUAAACCAAGAACAAUCAACAUUAACAGAUCACUGAAAGAUAUAUUAGAUCCUGUUUACAUCAGUAGAUCACCUCUUUCUCCUCCUUCUUUGAACAUAAUCAACCCUACUAUCUCUACUGCUAGUACCAGUCAAACCAGGAGAGGGACUGAAGAAGGCAGUACAUAUAGAUCGGAUAUUGCUGAUAGAGUAAUGACUGAAUGUACUUCAUCAAUAAAGGACUGUGGGAUUGAUAUCAACUUCUUAAUUGACAAGUUACUGGAACACAGGAUCGUAAAUUCAAGAGAGAAAAGGAAAAUAACUGCUAGAGAAACUGACGAUGACAAAAUGGAUGAAUUGCUUCACAUAAUUUUGAGUUCUAUUCGUAUGAAUGGAAAAGUGUUUGGUAUAUUCAUAGAUAUACUGAGAGAGGAAGACACUUUGAGAACUAUUGCACUAGCUGACACACUAAUUGACAAAUAUAAGGAAUAAAACCAAA